AUGCAGACUACAAACAAGAACGAAGAGAAAAGCAAAUGUAUCACCGUGAGUGUGGCUCAGGGCAGCGUCCGGAGCCCCUCUCCACAGCCGCUCUACAAAAGCUUUGCCUACACCCAGGCCGCAUAUGUCACGUCCCCCGAGCAAAAGAGGAGGCGAUGUACUGAGCAGUUCCCGAGUAUGGCGCACGAGGAUCUCCAAAGAGGGCUGAGUCCGCUGCCGCCAGGAUCCACCAGUCUGGAGAGCUACCAGGCUGCCUUAGAAGAGGUGCUGACGUGGCUGCUGUCGGCUGAGGACGGACUCCAGGCCCAGCCGCACAUCUCCGACAACGUGGAGGAGGUGAAGGAGCAGUUCCACACGCACGAGGGCUACAUGGUGGAGCUGACUACGCACCAGGGCAACGUGGGCAGGGUGCUGAGAGCUGGCGCCGCCCUGCUGGCCGAGGGGAACCUGAGCGAGGACGAGGGGCAGGAGGUCCGAGAGCAGAUGAAUCUCCUCAACUCCAGAUGGGAACACCUACGAGUGGCCAGUAUGGAGCGCCAGAGCAGGCUUCAUGCGGUCCUGAUGGAGCUUCAACAUCAGCAGCUGCAGCAGCUCACGGACUGGCUGGACGUGACCGAGGCCCGGAUCAAGAGGAUGAGCGGUCAGCCUCUGGGGCCGGACCUGGAGGACGUCAAGCACCAAGUGGAGGAGCAUAAGCUGCUGCAGGAGGAUCUGGAGAUGGAGCAGGUGCGGGUCAACUCCCUGACGCACAUGGUGGUGGUGGUGGACGAGAACAACGGAGACAGCGCCACAGCUGCCCUGGAGAGCAAACUGCAGGUGCUGGGCGACCGCUGGGCUGCCAUUUGCAGAUGGACCGAGGAGCGCUGGAUUUUGCUGCAGGAGAUUCUACUUAAAUGGCAACACUUCACUAAUGAGCAAUGCCUGUUCGAUUCGUGGCUGACGCAGAAAGAAGAGUUGGUUCGUUCCAUCAAGACGUCCAAUCUGAAGGAGCAGACAGAGAUUGUGGCGUGUCAACGGAGGCUCACUACGAUAAAGGGCGAGCUGGAGGUGAAGCGGCCCACCAUGGACAAGCUGUGCUCCAUGAGUCAGGACCUGCUCUCCAGCGUCAAGAACAAGGACGUGGCUUGCAAACUGGAGGCUCGACUGGACAGCUUCGCCCAGCGCUGGGACCGGCUGCUGCAGGGCCUGGAGCUCAGCAUAGCACAGCUCUCGUCGUCCACCGUCGCCUCCCAGCAGACUGAAGUAGUUCACUCAGUCACCACCACGACGGUGACCAAAGUCUCCAGGGACAAGGUGGCAGCCCUGAGGCAAACCCGCGAAUCGCCGCCGCCGCAGAAGAAGAGACAAGUGGUGGUGGAUUCUGAACUCAGGAAAAGAUUUGACGUUGAUUUCACUGAGGUGCACAGCUACAUGACCAGAGGAGAGGCCAUCCUGCAGAGCCCUGAGUUUUCUGUGUCUCGCAAAGACGGGAGCAUCCAGGAGCUGUACGACAAAGUCCAGGCUAUUGAGAGGGAGCGACCUGAAAAGUACCGGAAACUCCAGGAAGCGACACGGACGGCACAGACCCUCGUGGAGCAGGCCACAGCCGCCCCACUGUGGCAUCAGGUGUUCCCAGACAAGGACACAUCUACAGCAGACAUCAGUGGGAGUUGGUGGAGAAAGUCUUGUGGGGGGCUCGAACCCACGACCUUCAGGCUCAAAGGCCAAUGCUCUACCAACUGA